AAGGGUGCACAGGAGAAGGUUUUUAAUGGUGGCGAUCCCAGAAGGCUUAUGACUCCUAUCGGGACAAUAUCGCCGGAAGACCGAAGGGUUCACAUUACUCCAACGAUAUCAACUAUAUUACAAUUCAGAGCACUGGACUUCGGGAUGGAACAUUGCCAAUUGCAAGUUGUCCUUCCAACAUCAGUAGCAAGCAAGUCAUCUACGACACUAGAGCCAUCUUCACUAGUGCUUGAACUGAACCGCCUUGAUGCAUCUGGUGCUAUGGAUGCUAGUACCUUGUCCUACAAAACAUGUCCUGGUUUUAUCGGUAAGAUCGCCGAUAUAAAGGUGGAUUAUGGUUUAACAUGGAGUCACAACUUCACAUGUGCGACGGAUGAGGUGAUCACAUUCGAGCUUGCAUGUAGCAGCUCGAAGAAUCCUGGCGGUGAAUGUUACGUUGACUGGUGGCAAACCAAGGGGCAAUCAAACCCAGCUGUGUUUCUUACCCAACACACAUCUGUUUAACAUCGUAAUAUGCGAGUUCUAGUGCUAGUUCAGGCCCGGGCUCAAAUCGAGAAAUCGCCAUCACAAUAUAUGGUGUACUUCCUUCAUCUCAUAAAUUCUUCUGGAUUAAUAGGCUCAUUGGGAGACUACUACUGCAUCGUACAUUCCUGUUUUUGACCAUUAUUGUAAAGCCUGUACCGAAUAUCUAGACUCUGACAGCUGU